GAGCUGUGGAGGAGACACGCCAGAUGACAGUCACAGUAGCAGUGAGACUGAAGCCCCUCUGGAAGCUGGGGCCAGCUUGCUUCCUGGGGCAGGGGCGUCAGACUGGACCAGGGAGGUGGAGGUCAGUCAGUGAGCCGUCACGCGGCAGUGAUACAAGAGCCCGGUGUGCAGCCUUGGGGGCGGACCGCCGCUUGGAUGCUUUGGGGGUGGGCUCAGUGUGGGGGCCACUGGCAGCUGCGCCAGGCUGGGGUGCUGAACGCCAAGGCUGCGGGGCCACCACAGGGCCUGGGCCAGAAUGCACAGAGGACCCGAAGGCAGUUACGGGGGCGCAGACCAGGCCAGGGCAGUGCUGUGGCUGGCUGGGACUCCACAGGCCACCGAGGAUCUCAUGUGCCCUGCACCAGCCUGGAGCCCACUGCCUUCGCCACACACAGGAUUGCUCCACUUGGCCUCCGCAUCGUCAGCUGGCAUCGUCAACCAGGCUUCGGAACCGUUCUGGUUGGGAUUGUCGUAGGUUUAGCGUCUCUGCAGACAGGCGGCCUCAGGACGAGGUGUCACUGAACUGGGUCUUGGGGGCUGGGGUUGCCCAGGCAAGGCGGGAACAAAAGUCACACCGGCGACCCAUGGGUGGGCAGAGGCCUAGAGAGGCCGCGCUGCCCGUCUCUGUGCAAGCCGGCACCCCGUCCCAUCUCCCUGAGCCGCAACUGGGCCUGUGCACAGGCUCGGAGUGGGCAGCAAAGGUGUGUACGCCCCGCGGAGAGAGACUAGCCUGUGCGUCCUUGGGGGCGUCGGGGCGGUCUGUGCAGUCUGCCCCGCCUCUGUGCCACCGCAGCUCCCUCUGCCCUUCACAGGGAUGUGGGAGUCAGCCCUCUGCCUCGAGGGAGGACAGCGCACUCUGGUCAUUGCCGGGCUGCAGGAGAGCUCUGUGGAUGCUGUCCUCGUCCUGUGCCUCGGGCAGGCGUGCGCACAGUGCGGGGCAGGCGCCUGCGGUCCGGGGAGUGUACGGGCCUUCCUGCGAGCUCAGGUCGGGCCAGGCCGGGCCGGCACAGCGCUGCCGUGGCUGGCUGACACCACUAGGUGCCUGUGCCAGGGCAAUUGGGCUGCACCCAGGCUGAGGAGCGGCCCUGUCCUGUGGGAGACGGGCGUCAGCCCAGUGGAGAGGGUCAGAGCCGGGGUUGGCAGCUCCCCUCUUCUCCUGCGGAGGCCGUUUAUCCCACCCUGGGUUCCUUUGGCUCUUUGGUCAGUGGCUGUUCUGGGAGCCCCUGAUGACUGUUCCACUUCCUGUCCCAGGCCCGGUUGCUGGGUGGUGAGACGAUUGUCGGGGUGUGUUUGUGUGUGUGUGGUGUUCCCAGGCAACGGCCGCAGCCUAGAGACGCAAAGACUUCCUUUCCCCCAGCACUGC